GAUAGGCAAAAAGAAGAUAAAAGACAGGGAAUUUUGCAUACUGCCGCGUCAUCAAUGCUUUGCAACCGCUCCCCCUUCUUUAUCUGCAGCCUACAGACUCAACAAAUGAUACCACUUGGAGAGUUUAUUACACUGUCAGUAUAACGUAGCCUAAAAUGUGUUAUGGUGGCUUUAUCGGACAGUUUUAUUUCCCUGGCUGGGCGAAGGACAGCUAUUAUAUACCUGGAUGAAUUGUCGACACUGUCUUUUAACUCGGGAAUGCUUAUUGUGGACGAGCAGUUGCUUUUAGGAUAUUUGUUUUUCCUUAUUCUGACCAUGUGGAAGUGUUAAAAUGCGCACGACAGUGGAUUCGGUUCCGCUUAUAAAUACUGUAUUUAAUAAUUACUGUAGUUCCGUGCUACAUGUUUUUUUCCUUCGAUGCGUUUAGUUGAUGGCGACAGUUUUAUGUGACUCAACUCAACUUUGUCACCUGCGGCUGUUCCUUUUGAACACGGGCAGCUUGAAGACAACGGUUUUACACACUACGAACUGUCAUUGAACAACCAUCCCGAAAAGAGUUACAAGAAAGUGGAACUUACUUUCUAAAACUUUGUAAUACCUCAACCAAAUUAUGACUUCGGUUUGGAAAAGAUUACAACGCGUUGGCAAGAAAGCUUCAAAAUUCCAGUUUGUGGCGUCUUAUCAAGAACUUGUGUUGGAAUGCACGAAGAAAUGGCAACCAGAUAAAGUCAGGGUGGUUUGGACCAGAAGAAAUAGGCGUAUGUGCUCUAAGCUUCAUGGAUGGCAGCCGGGCAUCAAGAACCCCUACAGGGGGAUGGUGGUUUGGCCCGUACCUGAAAACGUGGAUAUCUCCCUCACACUCUUCAGGGAUCCCCAUUCUGAUGUGUUUGAAGACAAAGACUGGACAUUUGUCAUUGAGAGUGAGACAAAGGGUCAACGUAAGGUGUUGGCUGCAGUGGACGUGAAUAUGAAGAAGUUUGCCAGUGCCACUCCCACUCAGCAAGACCUGACAUUGAAGCUGAAGCCCCUGUCUGUCAAGGUGGUGGAGGCCACUCUGAAGCUCUCCCUGUCCUGUGUGUUUGUCAGAGAGGGGAAAGCCACCGACGAAGACAUGCAGAGCCUGGCCAGUCUGAUGAGUGUCAAACCCACAGACAUCGGUAACCUUGACGACUUCAACGAGAGUGAUGAGGAGGAAGACAGGAGGUCUAGUGCUGGAGCUAGCAUUAUCAAAGCUGCCGCAGAAAUACAGAGGGAGUUGAAGACUCUCACAGAAGAGGAAUACCACAGUCCUACUCUUGGUCCGAAACUGUCAGAGCAGCAGACGCCGUCUGUCUCCAGUGAGAAUGUUCCCCUGGCUCUGAGAGGGGACGAGUCUCCUCGCUCCCCCAGGACCGUCAGGAUCGCGAACCAACAAGCCUCCAUAGAGAAAACUGUGGGGUUGAAAGAUGCCAGUACCAUUAAAACUGUGGGGUUGAAAGAUGCCAGUACUAUUAAAGGUUCUGGGCAAGAUGGCGACCCAGCAACUGAUGUUCCUGGCCCUAUUCACACAGAAGUCUCAGCAGAGCUUAUUCCAGCGCUCCCUCCUCCAUGGCCUUUCUCUAGCCCAGAGACAGAAGCACCAGAGAGCACUACCCAUACAGAGCCUUCUACCAGCAUCCUGGGAGCUUUUAGUGCUGAUAACACGCCAUUGGCUGAAAAGAAGCCUGACUUUAAACAGAAAUCCAAUGAGACCAAAGAAGUGCCUUCUCAACCUGCCAAAUCAGAGGACAACUCUGCCUCAACCCCGGGUGAAAAACCUUUUAGUGCAGACAAGCCUCCAUUGGCUGAGCUCGACCUUGAUGACAUAAUCAUAGAGACGUCUGAUCCGUCAGUCAUGGCCGGUAACUUAUUUUUGGAGGACAAUGCAGAUGAAGAAACAUCAAAAGUGGGCGCAGUAAAGAGGUCACCAUUCAGCACCUUGAUGACUGAAAUGGAUCAUCAGGAUGGAAGUGUUGAACAGACAGCUGAUCCAGAGUCGACUGGAGUGCCAACAUCAAUGGAGCUCCACGUAGAGCACGGCCCAGUUGACACAAAGACACUUCCAGAGAUUGGAAACAUCACGUGUGGAGAUGCAGCUGAGAAGCACACCAAAGGCCUAGAGCAGCCUGUUGAUAAGAAGCAGGGGAAACAGAGCCCAGUGCCUCAUUCACCUUGUUUAUAUGACCUCAACAGGUCAGAUGAAGACAAGGAAAUUAUGAAAAACAUGGCUGCUCUGAAGGCAGGUCCUCCCAGCAAAGACAAGGAAAUUAUGAAAAGCAUGGCUGCCCUGAAGGCAGGUCUUCCCAGCAAAGACAAGGAAAUGAAAAUGCCAAUCAAAGAGAAAAGGCCGUCGUGGGCUGAGGAGGUUAUGGGCUCCAAAGAGAAUGUUAAGAAACAGAUGGACCAUCAACCUCGGUAUGAGAAGGCCUCAUUAUCACAAGCUGAUGAGCACAAAUCAGCCACUCUGGAAGUUCAAGUGAACAAGAGUGUAGAGGAGUCACAUAGUUCUGAAUGGAACGCAGUGAAAGAGGAAGCAGGCGUUUUGGAAGAACACAGAAGAGAUGCUAACUGUGUUCUGAAAGAGCGUUCUUCUGACCAUGUGUCAUCAAAAGCAGAAAUGUUUCCCUUGUCAGGCAGUGUCAGUGUAGAUAAAACCAUAGAAAUAGAUGUACUAUCAAACAGUAGUUAUUCCAUUUCUAUGGGUAAAACCAUGGAUGCUACUCCAGUAAGCCUAGAGACACCCAAAAUGCCUGAUACCCCGCAAUAUGAAGUCCUUGCACCUAUGAUCCAAUUGAGAUUCACAUUAGACACCAUAGCUGAGGAUGUAAUGGAGAAUGUAGAACUGCCAGAGAAGACAGACCCACAGCUUCAGCCUCCAACAGAGGCCCUGGAGCAGCCAGAGGUUCCACUCUGGAAGGCCCUGGAGGAGAAAGCUAAUGAUCAGGAACCAGAGCAGGACUCUGGAGAAGUGAUGAUCAAAGAUGAAGUCCUCAGGGAGGAACAGGGGGAAGUAGAUGAGAACAUGUUAGUGCCAGAUGUAGAAUCACUGGAGACAGGCUCAGACAAAGAUGUUAAGCCAGAAGCUGCUAUUAUCAGAGUUGAGGGUCACAAGCAAAUCAUCUCAGAUGAAUCAGAGCUGCUCCAGAUGCCAGCUUCCCCAGAGCCCACUACACAGUCUUCAGCUACCCCAGACCCCACUGCCCAGUAUUCUGCUACCCCAGAGCCCACUACACAGUCUUCAGCUACCCCAGAGCCCACUACCCAGUAUUCUGCUACCCCAGAGCCCACUGCCCAGUAUUCUGCUACCCCAGAGCCCACUGCCCAGUAUUCUGCUACCCCAGAGCCCACUACCCAGUUUUCUGCUACCCCAGAGCCCACUACCCAGUAUUCUGCUACCCCAGAGCCCACUACACAGUCUUCAGCUACCCCAGACCCCACUACCCAGUAUUCUGCUACCCCAGAGCCCACUGCCCAGUAUUCUGCUACCCCAGAGCCCACUACCCAGUAUUCUGCUACCCCAGAGCCCACUACCCAGUAUUCUGCUACCCCAGAGCCCACUACCCAGUCUUCUGCUACCCCAGAGCCCACUACCCAGUCUUCUCCUACCCCAGAGCCCACUACCCAGUCUUCUCCUACCCCAGAGCCCACUGCCCAGGCUUCAGCUACCCCAGAGCCCACUGCCCAGUCUUCAGCUACCCCAGAGCCCACUGCCCAGUCUUCUGCUACCCCAGAGCCCACUACCCAGUCUUCUGCUACCCCAGAGCCCACUACCCAGUCUUCUGCUACCCCAGAGCCCACUACCCAGUCGUCUGCUACCCCAGAGCCCACUACUCAGUCUUCUGCUACCCCAGAGCCCACUACCCAGUCUUCUGCUACCCCAGAGCCCACUACCCAGUAUUCUCCUACCCCAGAGCCCACUACCCAGUCGUCUGCUAUCCCAGAGCCCACUACCCAGUAUUCUGCUACCCCAGAGCCCACUACCCAGUCUUCUGCUAUCCCAGAGCCCACUAUCCAGUCUUCUCCUACCCCAGAGGCCACAGUGACCCAGUCUUCUGCUAUCCCAGAGCCCACUACCCAGUCUUCUGCUACCCCAGAGCCCACUACCCAGUCUUCUGCUACCCCAGAGCCCACUACCCAGUCUUCUGCUACCCCAGAGCCCACUACCCAGUCUUCUGAAUCACUUAGAAAACAGAUGAUUGAAGAGGAAAAUGGUAAAGACAGUGUACCGUCAAUAUCGACUACACCUCCUCUGGAUCUCCCCACGAAGGCUGUCGGUAGCUCCACCAUGGAGCGCACAUUGCUGUUAGACACGCCUGUGUCAGUGGAAGGAGACAUUUCUCCAGCUGGAGAGUCAGAUGUUAAGAAGGAAGAGGGGCCGUGCGAUAUGAAGUGUCCUCCCAGUAGGGAGGCUGUAACUGAGGCAGAAAGGCCUCUGUGGGCUACUUUAGAGGAGGAAACUAAGGAGAAGGGGACAGAGGGAAUAGGCAUGAGCACAUUGGAACCAACAAAGAAUACCUUGCAAACAGGAUCUGAGACGGCUGAGGGGGGGGGAAAGUCCAGUGGCCUGGCUGUCCCAACAAGAUGCUCUAAGAAAGCUUCUCAGCCAUCCUCACCAGACACCACAACCCAGGGCAACAUCCAGGGUAACAUCCAGGGUAACAUCCAGGGUAACAUCCAGGGUAACAUCCAGGGUACCAUCCAGGGUAACAUCCAGGGUACCAUCCAGGGUAACAUCCAGGGUAACAUCCAGGGUAACAUCCAGGGUAACAUCCAGGGUAACACCCAGGGUAACACCCAGGGUAACAUCCAGGGUAACAUCCAGGGUACCUCAGGCAGUGAAGAGCCACAGUCCAAUGGACAGACCCCAGCAGAUAAGGAGGUCCCUUAUGGUCAAGCAUCAGAUGCGGUUGUUCCUCCUCGACGCAGCAAGAAGAAACCCCUUCCCUUUCCUGUGAUCUUCCAGGAAGUUGCCCCAGAGGCCUCCACUCCCACUGCGGACAGGGACGAAGCCCAUGGGAAGGAUGUGUUCUUUUUCUGCCAGGAGAUGCCUGGUCCUCUGCCCAGUCCUGGUCUUGUGUCCUCCAGCAAGUCUUUACUGGAGUGGUGCCAGGAGGUUACAAAGGGUUAUACGGGAGUGAAGGUCACUAAUUUUAACACCUCUUGGCGCAAUGGUCUGGCUUUCUGUUCCAUCCUACACCACUUCUAUCCUGACAAGAUAGCUUUUGAGGCACUGGAACCCAACGAUAUCAACUUAAACAACAAGAAGGCCUUUGAUGGCUUCGCUGCGCUGGGCAUCUCCCGACUGCUGGAGCCCUCAGACAUGGUGCUGCUCUCUGUGCCAGACCGCCUGAUCGUCAUGACUUACCUGAGUCAGAUCCGCACCCACUUUACGGGGCAGGAGCUGAGUGUCCUUCAGAUAGAGCACAACAGCAGCCAGUCCAGCUAUGCAGUGACUGAGCCCAGUGAGGGUUCGGAUGUGGAUGCUGCUGCUCGCUUCUGUGCCCGCAAGUUACAGGAAGGUAGCAUCUCCCUGGAGGACAGUGCUACAGAACAGGCCUCUAAGCCCAAUGGGAGCCUAGUGCCACCCCCCCGGACUAAACGGGUGACAAAAGUGGAAGAGAAGGGAAGCGGAGCUGGUGAUUUGGAUGGGGGAACGGGAGAGACACAGACCCCCGUUCCUCCACCCAGGUCACACACCUCUGCAGCCAAAUCAGGAUUUGGUCACGUAAGAGACGCCGACCUGGUGAAGAAAAGACGCUUGCGGCUGAAGAGUGAGUCCAUGGAUGAAGGGGAUGUGGUGGAGCAGCAGAGUAGCACAUCUAGGAGCACAGAGUCAGCUGAAAGUGUAUCAGACAGAGAAGUGAAGAAUGUCUCCUCAGAAUCCGAGUCAAGGAGCCCAGCACAAGUCCAGGAGUCCAGUGUCCCAAGCCAGGAGGAGGCUACUCUGGACACCAGUCAGUAUGUGCUGAGUGAGCUGCAAGCCCUGGAGACUGAACAGAAGCACAUCGACAACCGAGCAGGCAUCGUGGAGAGGAGACUCAGAAGACUGAUGGAAUCAAGUAGCGACCGUGACGAGGAAGAGAAACUGAUCCAGGAGUGGUUCACUCUGGUCAACAAGAAGAACGCCCUGAUCAGGAGACAGGAUAAUCUGGAGCUGCUGCAGGAGGAGCAGGACUUGGAGAAACGAUUUGAACUACUGAAUAGAGAACUUAGAGCCAUGAUGGCCAAUGAAGAGUGGCAGAAGACUAAGGCCCAGCAGCACCGGGAGGAGCUUCUACUGCAGGAACUGGUCUCUCUGGUCAACCAGCGGGACGAGCUGGUCAGGGACUUGGACGCCAAGGAGAGAGGUGCCGUUGAGGAGGAUGAGCGUUUGGAGCGGGGGCUGGAGCUUAGACGCAGGAACUUCAGCAACAAAGACAAGUGUGUGCUGCAGUGAGAGUAGGGACGACAAUGACAAAUAGCGCAGUGCCUUAAAUACCAACCCAUCUAGAACUAAACCUCCUCAGUCUCUGCUUCAAACCAAGCUCUCAGUCACUCAGCAACCUACAAUAUGAAACACUCCUAGACAAACAUGUCACCACAGCAACAAAUCCUUAACUGGGAUUUUGGGACUGAUCGUUAAUAAACAAUUAUACCCCCGGAGGUGCUGGGGCUGUGUGCCUUCCCUUUUGGAGAUACUUGAAGAAAUAAAUCCCUCUGUACCUUGAGGUAAGAGACUGGGAAGGUCGCCCAUCCAUGGAGUACUUUUGAUUGAGAAACGAGGACCUUUCCAAUUCAGUCUGUCAAUGUGCCUUACUCUGUAAUUCAAUAGACAGAAAGCCCACUGUACAAACAAAUGUGUUGUAUACUUUUAGACCGCCAUGAAGCUAAGAGGUUCAGAUGUAUAGGCCAUCAGUGUUUAUUUUUACAUCUAUAAACAUCUCACUGAUGUCAUCAACAAUAUAAGAGAACUUUGCCUGAAUGCUUUGGUGGAACUGGCUAUGAAAUGAACGGUCUGGUGUUUAGACACAAAAUAAUCAGGCCUCUCUGUAUACAGGAGGGUUUGAUCAUAUCAGGCCUCUGUGUAUACAGGAGAGUUUGGUAACAUCAGGCCUCUGUGUAUACAGGAGGGUUUGGUAACAUCAGCUCUGUGUUUUACUUUGGACCCAGAUGUUUGAUGAAAGAAUCAAGUUUAUGAGAGUAUCACGUCUUGAUGACUUCUGGUGAUGACUUGUAAUUGUGUUUUAUCAAUCUUUCUUUUAUUUAUGAAUUGAACAUGUGCAUGAGAAAUGUUUGGGUUAGGUGUGUCAAAUUACAAGUGGCAUGAACAGUCAGCUCUAACCAGAAAUGAAAGAAAAAGAGAAUAGUGAAUAAAGGUGAAACUAGUUGUAGACAGAGGCUAGUAGUCCUACUUGGAAAACAUACAUACCAUCCUGUAUAUAAUACUGUAUAUCCUUCUAUUAUUCUGAGUCUCCCAAGUGGUGCAGCGGUCUAAGGCACUGCAUCUCAGUGCUAAAGGUGUCACUACAGACCCUGGUUUGAUUCCAGGCUGUGUCACACCUGGCUGUGAUUGGGUGGCACACAAUUUUCCCAGUGUUGUCCGAGUUAGGGUUUGGCAGGGGUAGGCCGUCAUUGUAAAUAAGAAUUUUUUCUUAAGACUUGCCUAGUUAAAUCAAAUUUAAAUGAAUUACCUGGCACUGCAGUUCUUUCAAUGUUUUUUUUAUUUUAGCAAAGACCUGUCAAAUUGUCUAGUAUUAAUAGUCAACAUUUACCAAUGGCUUGUUAGAUGUUAUGUGCUAUUAUCAUAGAUGAUGAUUCCUAUUAUUCAUGGUGUUAUUAAUAUUCUGAUUAUUUUCUUAACUAUUUCAAUUUUUGUUUUGUCUUCUGCAUUGUUGGAAAGGGCCCUUAGGUAAGCGUUUCAUUGUUAGUCAACACUUCUUCUUUUUUUACGAAGCAUGUGACAUUUUUGGGGGGUGUAGAUCUGAAAAUGUAAUGAUGUGACAAUAAAAUAUUACUUUGUCCAAGCCUCUUUUUAGAAAGGAUAUGCAAUGUUUUGUUUAAACCCGUGAAUGAUACAUAAUACAUUUUAAGAGUUUGUUUGAAUAUGUUUUCUCUAAUUUGUUGUCAUAUUAAAUUAUGUGGUACUUCUUCA